AUGGCGCCCACUGACGACCUCAUCUUUUCGCGUGCCUAUGGAUGUCGCUACGGCUACAGCUACAGCUACAGCAGAAAUGGAUGUUAUCGAAACAGCUGGUCCUACUGGGGACGCUGGUUAGUCGCGGGCAUCGUCAUCUUUUUCUUCCUUAUCUUUUUCAUGUGCUGCCUCAUCUCCCGUCGUCGUAAGAGCCGUGGCGUUAAGCCCGUCUACGGCACCGGAUGGAUGGCGGCCAAGCCUUGGGGACAAAACAACAACAACAACCAAGCCUACAAUUACGGCAACCAAGGUGGUUAUAAUCAGGGCUACAACCAAGGAGGCUACCAACCGAACAACGGUGGCUACAAUGCGCCUCCCGCUUAUGGUCAGCAGCAGCAGCCCCAGUACACUGGUACAACAUUCAACGCCAACGACGGCUACUAUGGCCAGAACGCUGGAGUUCAACAUCCCGAGGGCACAUAUCAGCGUGAUGGCGGAUACUCUGCCCCUCCUGGACCUCCUCCUGGCAAAUAA